AUGGGGAGGGAGCGCAAUGGGGAGGGAGCGCAAUGGGGAGGGAGCGCAAUGGGGAGGGAGCGCAAUGGGGAGGGAGCGCAAUGGGGAGGGAGCUUAUUGCCGCAAGCCGAUUGGGGUUUCCGUUGUCGAAGACGGAGGGCGUCGGGGAUAGAUCGACGAUUGACGGAUGGAAGAUUUCGGUCGCGGUCUAAUCAUGGAGCGCACACGCAACGAUCAACUGAGGGCGGAAUAUUGCAAGCCCCAUCGAUUCCAUUGAUGCCGCUGAAGGAAAAGUGA